AUGGCAUCUGCUAUCAUGGAUCACCCCGUGGUGGGCUUGUUGAAGUCGCUCAUGUCAAUCGUGAGCACCAGCGAACUUGAGGAAAGCAUUGGUGUCUUCCUAGAACAUCAUCUUCAUUCGCUUGGAUACACCGUCGAGCGAAUACCCAUUUCACCAGAAUCGUCUCGCCAUAAUGUCUACGCAUACCUUGGCUCUUCACGCAAGACACGGGUGCUUCUCACAGCCCAUAUGGACACUGUACCACCGCAUAUUCCGCUAACGAUCGACGGGGAUAUCAUCCGGGGAAGAGGCUCGUCCGACGACCUUGGCCCGUUGGCAGCCGAGAUCUUAGCUGCAGAAGAACUGAGAAAGGAAGCCAAGAUACAGGAGGAAGGAGAUAUUGCCUUGUUGUUUGUUGUCGGUGAAGAAAACGGCGGUCACGGAAUGAUCGCUGCGAAUGACAUGGGCUUAAAGUGGGAAUCUGGCAUUUUUGCUGAACCGACUGAGAGCAAACUUGCAAAAGGUCACAAGGGGCAGGUGGCAUUUGAAGUGAUCGCCAACGGCGUCGCUUGUCACUCAGGAUACCCCCAUCUCGGCAAAAGCGCAACUUCUGCAUUGCUGGCGGUGUUGAAUGACCUCUCCGCAGCAGCUUGGCCCGAAUCCGACCUGCUCGGCCCUUCCACCUUCAACAUCGGAACUAUCGAGGGAGGCGAGAAACAUAACAUCGUCGCUCCGUCAGCCAAGGCACUAUGCGAGGUUCGCAUGGUUUCCGACCUGCCCGGCAUCAAGACCAAGGUUGCCGAGAUCGUUUCACGACACCCAGACGUGGAGUUGAAGUUUGUUUUUGAGUACCCCGAAGCGCUACUGCAGUGGGAGAUUGACGGCUUUGAUGCGGCUCCCGUGGCUUUCGGGACUGACGUACCUCGACUCAAGGCGGAGUACUGCGACAACAGGGUGCUGUACGGUCCAGGGUCUAUCCUGGUAGCUCACGGGCCCGACGAGUUCAUCCGUGUGCCGGAGUUGAUUGAAAGCAUAGAGGGAUACAAAAAGUUGGUGCUUCACUUUCUCAAGUAG